AUGGACUACUGGAAGUUGAAUACAGAUGGGACAGGACUGGAAGUAGACGAGGUGUGCAUCCUCUCUCAGCACGGUGUCACCCUCUACAAUGGAGACGAGAAGACGCACCGGCGAAAUGGAAAGCUGGCGCUGACGACGCACCAACUUAGGUACAACGACGAGGCUGAUGUCUCGACGGUGCUGCAGCUGCCGCUGGAGCUGGUCCGGCGCUCUGGACGGGCGCCAAGCCUCUCCAGCGGCUUCGGACCCUUUUCCAGCCCAAAGAUCGUUGUUCCACUGCCGCAGAACGCAUACGUGAAACUCUCCUUUCGCGCCGGUGGUGUGGAAAAGUUUUAUACAGCCUUUGUGGAUGCCCUUGAGAAGAAGGCGUGGCUGCAAGCGGCGGCGACACACUCGCAAGCGCAGCCACCGCAGGGCGCCGUUGUAGGCAAAUCCCUCAGCACCCCUGCGUCGGCGGUUAACGGAGGAGGUAGCAGCAGCGGUGCAAGCCCUGGGACGACGACGGCGGUACCCAGCACGAGUCCGCCACCGCCCGUCCCACGCGGGGUUGGUAUUGCGGGCGUCCAGCUAGCUUCCGCACAGUCCGCCGCCAUGAACGAAACCCUCAAGGACAUCGAUGAUAUCAUGAACAAAGCCUCCACACUCGUGAGCAACAUUCGGCGCCUGCGCGAGCGCAACGAGGCAGCGGCGGUGGCAGGAUCGAAUCCCGGAAGUGAAACCGCCGUGGAGCGGACAAAGAUAGAAAGCAUCGAGUCCACGCUGGGGCUGGGGACCAUGGUAACGCGCUACGGCACAAAUUGCAGCGAUUCUCGCUUCCACAAAGACUUGGCGGUUGAGCUGCACGCCUGGAUGACGCACGAGAGCAACUCGAGGCUCUUCAACGACAUGCCGGUCGUUCCUCUUAUUGAGCUGUUCGCGCUGUACAACAAGGCGCGCGGUGGGGACUUGGUGUCGCCACUAGAUGUGCUGAACGCAUGCAAGUACAUGACAACGAAGGUGUCAGGCAGCUGCUACGACCUCGUCACAUUGCUCUCUGGCCGCAAGGCGCUGGUGAAUCGCAACGACUCGCUCUUGCUGGCAAAGCUGACAACACUGCUGGGACCCCAGCUAGUGAACCCCAGCGGCUCACCCGUGCAGGAUGCGUGGAAGAAGACGUCGCCACAUUCGCAGCAGUGCGGCGAGGGCGCAUCUCCCCUGGUGCGUAUCGCCACCACCAGCGACUUCCCAAAGGCCUCGCGGGAGCUGAAGUUCGUCAGUGAUGUUUCGCUGGCAGAAAAGAUGCAAGUCGCGACCGAAGUGGCAGCUGACAUUUUGGCGCUGCUCCUGCUGAAGGGCUUUCUCUGCUGCGUGGACACCGGUUUCGACUGCUACGUCUACACGUGGAACAUUUUCGUCUUUUGA